AUGCGUGGCGCACACAUACGCACGUGCGCGCGCCUCGCAGCGCUGGUGGGUCUCGCCGCCCUCUUCCUCCUCGCCACCCAAGGGCCUGUGGCAGCCGCUGUUGUUGUAACGACCAACCCGAUGCAGCCGCUGCUCGGCGUGCCAUUCUUCGCUACCGGCUCGGACCUGAGCAUAGGCAGCAGAAUGUUCGCCUCCUCGGAUGCGCGCUGCACCAAGAGUGUCACGACUACGUGCUUAGUGAGGACCGAGGUGAGCGGCAGCAGCUUUAGGAAUGGGACAUGCAUCUUCACGCUGACCGGUGCGGCGCUGGGAGUGACCCUGGACACCCCUCGGGCCUCUGUGCCACCUGCCCACUGGUGUGUCGGGAACCCUGGCUCCGCGCAGCGGGUGGCCCCGCUGCAGAUGCACAAGAUGGAGGUCGCGCCCGAAUACGUCUUCAACGGCGUAGAAUCCGCGCUGACGCUUGGCAGCGCUGUACCGGUGGGAACCACGUUGGGGUUUUACGCCGACGGCCAAUGCAAGUUUCUGCUCACUGGAGGCGGUCCUUUUGUGAUAACCAACGAGCGCACGGUGAGGUUUACGAUACUGCAUCCCUCGUCUCCCAUUCUCGUGUGCGCCUCCACCAUCACGGUGAACGGAUCCAAAACCGAAACAACGCUGGUCAACGCUGUGGCACUUGCAGCGCCCUACACGGUCGACCCCGCCACGGGUGUGCGCCACCAAACCGUGGUCGUGUCGAGCUCAACAGGACCCUACGCACAGUUUUACCUCUCCACCAUGGCCCACUGCACGGACUCGCAUCCAGCAUACCAAAGCACGACUGCCAGUGAAAUGGCUAUGAAAGUCAGCGUGACUCGGGGCGAGUACUUCUUCUGCGGCUCACGCGAUUUUACUGAGAACGGACACUACAUCCCCGCCAGCAACAGAUUCACCGUCUUGGAGUACGACGUGGUGCCGCACACGCUGUACGUGGACCAGACGACUGUCAUGACCUUCGCGCUUGACGCAGCUCCGGUGCAGAGUACGCUCGAAGCAGUCCUCUCCACGUCCAAUGACUGCAGCGCCGCCAGCAACUGGCAGGGCAGCUGGAGCAACCCGAUGUGGUGGAUAGCAAAGCACUCGGGUCCCUACUACGCCUGCGUGCGCAGGAAGCACGACGCCGCCACAGUCGGCUACACGAACAUCAUCAUCGCGACGAAUCCACCCACCGUUGCCCUCUCCCCCGCAGCCCCCGUGCGUGGUGUAUCCAUGCGCGCCACCCUCGCCCACGUCAAUGCAACCAACGCCUUCUUCGUGGUCGGGCUUUUCGACUCGCAGGAUUGCACAACGCUGCUCGCGCGGGGCCUCGCCAGCCCGUCCACCAGCGCCACCGCCAGCCUCGCCGUGCCGCUCAGCGCCCGAGAUAUGUUGUACUUCUGCGUGUCGAACCCGCUGGACACCGAGCCCGCCGCGCAGGACGUAUCCGUGCGCUUCCACCGGCUGCAUGCGCUCAGUUCGCAGCCGUUCGCACUGGAGUACGCACCGCUGCGCGUCGGCGCGCAGUCGACCAUCACGCUGGACGGCACGGUGUUCCUGGCCAAGGGCACGACGGUGGCGCUGGUCCGCGCAGACGCCCGCACGGAACCGUGCGGCGCCACCGACAUCCCGACGUUCGACGUCUUGGGCGCCGCGUUCGCGCUAGGCCCCAUCGCCUUUCCCGAGGCUGGCGACUGGGACGUGUGCGUGGGUGAGCCCGGCGCCAACUACGUCGCCGUGCGCCGCGUCACCGUGUACGGCAAGGCGACCGUGGAGCCACCGGGCAUCGUCGCCGGCGUCGAGGGCGCCAUCGCCGUGAGCGGUCUUCCCCCGAACGCUCUCGUGUUCGUCACGAGCGCCGCUGAGUGCGACAAUGAAGCGGCUGUUCUCGGCAGUGCCACCACCAGCGGCGAGGGCGCCGCCAAAAUCACGCUCAUGUAUGGCAACGUUGGCACGCUGCUGCUGUGCUCCUACUACACGGCCACGGCGCCGCAGCCGGUGUUGCAGGCCGCGGGGAGUGUGCGCGCCGUCAACCCGCGCGUCGCGCCGGCGGUCGUGGCGCUCACGGAGCAGACAGACGACCCACAGGUGCUCCGCUUCGUGGCGCCUGGCGCGGCAGUGCUGAAGGGCCACGCCGCCUACCUGCUGCCCGGUGAGUCGGCGUGCCCAAGCGGCUCUAACGUCCCAGGCGCCGCCACCGCGCUGCCCGCGCUGCAGGUCGCUCCCGGCAGCGACACGCCGCACGCGACCCUUGAGCUCCGCGCCGCGAUGGUCGGCACGCGCUACCUCGCCUGCGUCAACACCAACGGCCGCUUCGUCGCCGCCGGCAACGUCACCGUCGUGCUGUCCGCGCCACGCCUCGUAGCCGACCCCGCGCCGCUCGCCGCCGGGCUGCCCGCCAGCAUCCACCUCCCCAGCACCUACACAAGCCCCGCACAAGUGGACACCUACGCCAUCGUCCGCGGCGACGCCGACUGCACUGCCGACCUCAGUACGCUCUCCGUGCUCGCCCGCGGCACCAUCGACCCUCGAACCGGCGCCGCCACGCCCUUCCUCGUGCCACGAGACGCCGCGUCAGCUGUCCGUCUGCGCGUAUGCGUUGCGCCGCGGCACAGCCUCCUCGACGGCGCCGGCGACAUCGGCUACGCCGCAGCCGGCGAGCUUGACGUGACCGCCUUUGCACCAUUCAACACCUACGCGCAGCUCCGGCGGCCCGCUAGCGACGUCAGCGGCUGGCCCGUGCACACCGCCGCCGCGCAGUACCUUGUGCGUUGCGGGACAGCCCCGGACGACUGCAGGACCGACACCACGUGCGUGGCAACCAGCAAGCGCUACAGCGUCGGCGGCGCCACGCAGGGCGACCUGGACGCGCCGCGCGGCAACUACCUGCUGUGCCAGAGCGUCACCGUUGACGGCGUCACAGGCACCGUUGCAGCCGACGCCAUCGUCAGCGUCGUGGAUGCCUUUGACAUGUCCGUAGAAGCCGACCUCACGCAGAUACGCGCCUACGUGCCCUUCGACGCCACCGUCACAGGCGGCCCCAUGGGCACCUCCUUCUACUCAGCUGCCGUACAGCCCGCUACCGUACCCUGCAGCCUCGCGGCCAGCGAGUCGCAGACCUUCGUCUCGAGCGAGAGCUCCGUCAUCAUCAACAUUAGUGCCAUCGAGCCGCAGAGGGACGUCCACUUCUGCGUCGGACCCACCACCACCAGCAGCCGCACCGAGGUGGCGCGCGCCACGCUGCACCACUACAUGACCCCUGCCUGCAUCUUCGCUGACACGCCCACCACCAUCACCCUGCCAACGCGCAGCGCAGGCACCUCCGCGCUUCUCUCGUCCUCACGCAGCGCGCCCGUCGCCGUGAAGGGCGGAGAGAUGAAGCCCUUGAGCGGCAGCCGGGUCCGCUUCACCAUCGACGGCUGCGGCGACAACGAGGCCGUCACGGAGCUCUUCUACCACGAGUUCACCGACGGCUGGUCGGUGGUUCGCGGGAGCAUGCUGCUGAUACGCAGCGGCACCUGCGAAGGCGGCGCGAGUCCGCCCAGCAUCCGCACCGUGUACGCCGCGCCGGGCGCGCCUAUCAGCGACACCGGCGUCGACACGCGGUUCCUGGCCGUGGCCAACAUCGCCACCAGCUCCGGAAGCAUGUCGACGCCAGGCAUCGACGUGCUGGCCACGGGUUACGUGCCGACCGUGGACGAGGAUGCCGCCUUCCUCGUGUGGGCGCACCCCAUCGGCAACCCGAACUCCCUCUUCACAACCGCUGCGGCGACGCUGCGGGUGCGCAACUGGGUUGUCACGCCGACGCACGCGCUCAGUCGCUACAACGCCACCAUCGGCGCAGCGCCGCUCACGCUGCUGCACAUCAGCGACCCGACACCGUCCAAGGGCACCUUCUUCAGUCAGUCGCAGCGCUGUGACGGCAGCCUCGGCGACGCCGCGGACAUGGGCACGCCGACGCAGGCCGCCCUCUACAGCGCCACGGGCGUGAGCGGGCAAGUGUACGUGUGCACUCUCCACCCGCAGACCGGCACGCCGCUGGCCGUGGCGAAAUUCACGUCGCUGCUGCUGCCGCAGGUGCUGCACGCGUCGCCCGCCGUCGUGCGGGGCGCCACCUAUGCCGCCACGCUGCAGGCCGAGGGCUACGCGCUGGAGAGGACUAAUACGUUCCUCUCCAGCAACCUCUGCGCCGGGCCGUUGCCACUGCAGUCGAAUGCGGUGUCGACAGCCAGCGUCCUAUGGGUGUCCUUCCUCGCGAAAGACAUUGCACAGGACGUGAAGAGUGUGAGCUUGUGCGUGUUGACGCCAGCCGGCACCGGCGCUGCAAUCGCCGACGUGCCGGUCGCGCCCGGCACCAUGUGGCCCACGCAGUUCGCGGUCGGUUCCGCCGCCGCCACCAUCUUUGUGCCGUUGUCGCCGCACACCGCCUUCCAGGUGAGCGCGACCGCCACCAGCUGUACCGACGUCGGCGGCAUGCCCACCUUCACCACUGACGGCGACGGCUACGCCGUGCUAUCGCUGCUGCGCGCCAGCGGCGACGCCCUGCCGCUGGGCCGCUACGCCGUGUGCGCCGCCACGCCAACGCGGGCGGCGGUGGCGGCGUCGCCGCUGGAGACCAUCGAGGUGGUGCCGGCGGCGCACUUCAGCGUGCACGGCACCGUCUUCGUCGUCGGCGUGCCGAGUCGCAUGGAACUGCAGCAGGACCUGCACGCCGCCGACCUCAUCGCCGGCUUCAGCACAACCGCCGCCUGUAGCCCCGUCACUACCGACCACGGGACCUGGGCAGCGCUGUCCAGCACCGCGAUCGAGGUGCACCCGACAGCGGCAAGAAAAAGUGGCGUGUUCCUGUGCGCGCAGGUGCCCGCGAACGGCUCCGUCGUCGCGCUGCCGCACGCGCUGGUGUCGCCGAGCCGCAUCGAGUUCCUGCAGCUGGCCAUGAAGCUACCGGCCGGCAGCUGGGACACGUGCACCGAUUACUUGGUGGACGAGUGCCGCCCACCCGGCAGCGCCGGCAGCGCGACGGCGGACAUGCUAACCGUGGUGCACGGCGACUGCUGCAGCUACGCGGCGCAGGCGCAGGCCGUGGGCAGCGCCAGCAUGGCCAGCGGCACGUGCCGGCUGCGGCUGGACGCGGCAAAGGUGGCGGCGUACGCCCCCGACACGAAAUUCAGCGUGUGCGCCUGGAACCCCGAGAAGAGCUCCACCUGCGCGACGCUGCACAGGGUGAGGGUGACUAGGAACUGCAAGCCGAGCAACAUCGACCGUGGCUCCAGGCUAAGCAGCGGCACGGUGGCCGGCAUCGCAGUGGGGUGCAUAAUAGGCGGUGCCGCGCUGCUGGCACUCGUCAUGUGGCUCGUGUGGCGCCAGCGCUAUGCGUGCGCAAAGGGCAACAGCAUGCAGAGCGACGAGGAGAGGCCGUCCUUUAGUGAGCUGGCCGAAACAGAGAGCGCUAGGGAGGAACGGCAGCGGCAUGAGCUGCUGUGGAAGGUCCUUGAGAACUCGGCAAAGGAUGUGAUGCUCGCGGCACAGGGCAGCGGCGAAGAAGUGGCGCCGACGAAGGGACACACGCCCACAUCGCCGCUGCCGGGCUCGAGGGUGACUACCCAAGACAUGGAGGUGCUGCAGGAUUGGACGCCAAACUGCAUGGACGGGUGGCCGGACGUCGUCAGCAAGUAUUACAGCUUCCUGGACGGCUCCGACUUUGACUACGAAACGGUGUCGCAAAUCCCUGGCGAGGGCGAGCCCAGCGGAAUGGACGAGGAGCUCGAGGCAAUGCUAGCCGUGCCCCGUGCGAGUGCUCUGUCGGAGGAGCUCGAGGCGAAACGGCAGGCGGAGCUGCGCGCCGUGGCGGACCGAAACGCGAAGUUGUUGGCGGUGUGGGAGGAGAGGCACCGUAUGAAGGAGGAGGACCCCAUCAAGCUGAAGAUGAUUGUCCUGCAGGAACGGGAGGAGUGGACGAGGACGGCGUUGGAGGGCCGCUGCCGUCGCGCGCACUACAACCUCACGGUGCUGUUCAAAUCCAGCCUGGAUUACUACGACGCGCUGUCGACGAAGAGGCGCAGCGAGUGGUCAGAGUCGCCGUCCGAUGAAAGCGAGCUGCUGUCAGUGAGGUCGUGGGACGUCGCGCCGCUGGAGCCGCUAGACUAUGGGUUUGACAGCAGCGUGAGUGCCCCAUUUGUGUCAACAGAGUUCUCUGCAUCCGUUUUCUCCCCCACUGCGGGCUGUGGGCGCAGCGUCGGCCUGAGCUCCGCCCCCCGGCGGCCGCAACCUCCCCCGACGGCGACGCAGCCAUUCGCUUGCUUGCGCAAUGACCUGUAUCGCAGGCGGCGCUUCCUUGAGUUUCCCUUCGUCACCAACUCGCCCGAGACGCUCAUCGCGUACGACAAGAACGUUCCGGUGCCUGUGUUCGUGCGGGGCCUGACGUUGGUAGACCUCCAGGCCUUCCACCCAGCGCAUCGCUGGCUUGUCGACCGGCCCAAGCCCUCGGGCAGCGCGAGCCACUUGCACGACAAGAAGGGAACGUGGACGUUCAUGGCGCCCGACUCCACAGUGCCCUUUGUCCGCCGCUACUUGAUGCUGUUCAAGAAAGAGUUUGGUGCCCGGGAAAGGUUUUUGGAGGCAGACGCGGCUUUCUGGUCGCAUGUGUUCUGGGAGAAGCGGAAUGUGCCAGUCUUCUCCGCCGUGGAGGGGGUGGAGCCGGUGUACGACUCCGACAGCUCUCGCUCCUUCUGCACCUCCUCCCUCGAGCACCGCAAUCUCGGCAGCUACGAGAGCGACGGCAAUCUCGACGGCGUCGCGGACAACGGUAAGCGGCACCUGCAGACAGCCAAAGACUUGUGGGCGAAGGAACAGGUGGCGCCCGAGUCCAUUGUGGAGCGGCGCCGCGUGGAGCAGGAGUUGGCGGCCCUGACCGUAGCCAAAGACAUGAGCAAGGAAGAGAAGAAGAAGAUUGCAGCCGCGCAGGCAGCCGUUCGGGCGGCACAAUCGGCAGAGAGGAAAGCCUGUGCAGCGCAGGCGAAGGCGGAGGCGGCACGUCGGAAGGCAGAAGCGGCGAACCAGGCUGCCAAGACUGCCAAAGCGGGCUUCGAGAGUCGGAGCCUAUCGAGGACUCGACCGACCAGCUCGGCCACGGUCGAGGAGGGGAUGGGGCAAGAGUUGCAGCACAUGGAGGAGCUCCGGAGGCUAGGGUUACUGUAG